GCAGACGCGGAGGUGGCAUCGAUCGCCGCCCACGCGGCAGCGUCGCCCAAGUGGUCCGCGAGACGCGACGCGAGUUCCCGGGCUUCGCCCCACGACGAUGGCGGCGUGAGACGCGCCGCCCGCGGCCUCCGGCGAGCAUGCCGCGAUGGCGAGAGAGGUAAUCCGCGUGAGGGGCCGGCGACGCCGUCUUAUGUAACCGACCACGACACGCCCGCAGAUAUGGAGGUUAGAGGAAAGAGGCCUUUCAAGAUAUGGGACAGUUCGCGGAAUGUGAGGAAGGGGUUAGUGGUCACUAGCUUCGAGGAGUUGAUACAUAGAGGCAAGGAGAAGUUAUCAGUAGCGGCAGGCGAGCCCGUGCGGCUGGUUCUUGAGAGUGACGGCACGCAAGUGGAAGACGGGGACUACUGGAGGACGCUCCCCCCCAACACUGUCCUCUUAUUGCUGAGGCAGGGCGAGAGAUGGUACCCCACCGGCGUCGACGUCAUCAAGGCGGCUAUAUCAGCGAUCCCGAAAAUAGUAUGCGAGACGAUCCACGCGCUCGAGUUGCACGAUGAAACGCCUUCAUGGAAGAUCAUGGACAACAAGGGGCGUGUCACAGUGGUGCUGCACUGGGACCAGCGGCCGCAAGCCUCGCCAGCCGCGCGCUCGCCCUCGCGGCAAGCCAAGCCCGACCGGCGGCCCUCACUCGUGAUCCAGACGUCACUGGACCGGCCGCAGCCGCCGCCGCCGCACAUCACCGUCGUCAACCAUGACGAGCCGGGCCCUGCGCCGCGCGGACGCCUCUCCCGCGCGUCGGGGUCACUGGAUCACCCGCCGGGCGCCGUGCACAUCCACACCUCCGAGUGCCGUGCCGGCUCCGCCUCGCCCGCGCCCGUUCCUAUCACCCGCCCGCCGCCCGAUGAGUGCGACUUUCAUUGUUGCGCGCUUCAUGAAGAAGGAAGACGGAUCGCCGUUCACAAAAGCGUCGCCACAUCACCCAUUCAAGACGCACAGCCGAGAGCUUCACCCCAGGGUCGACCUAAAGGACAUGUUCGAUUUCUAGAUGCUGAAUCCGCACGACGCGGAGAUAGAGACUCAUCCGAGAGCGAAACAGAGAACACGCUAGUAGAGGACGAGGCCGUCACCUCUGAAAAGUUUCUGCUUCUAAUAGACCAACUGAGUGUCGAUCAGAAAAGACAUCUCACUAUCAAAGAUAUAGGCAUCAUUCUAGAAAGACUCAGUUCUAAAAUUCUAGACGUGGAGAGACUCGACCGAGAGUCCGAAUCGGAUGACUGCUACAACUGGACGAUCAAGGCGACAAUACGAGGUGACGCGUUAAGGGAAUUGGGGGUGAUAUACAACGGGAAUUACUAUGCGAUCAGUGAACAUCCGGGCUAUCGGGAAGAGAACGAGGAAGCGGGUGACGAAGGCGAGGAGGAAGAGGAGGAGGACCGGCUCUGAUCGGGCCUGUGCGGCGCCGCCGUGCCCGCCGCCGCAGCCGCUGUGCGCCACGCGCUGUGCCGCAUCGCCGCACGCUGAGCGGGCGCAGCGCUAGCGCCGCACUACUCUCGCCCGCACUAAAAUCACCACUUCCCUAACCCGGGAAAGGUCGCGUCUGUUACACGCUCUCUUCAUCGUUUGAAUAAUGCGAUAAAUCGCCACGAUGGAGGGCUGUAAAUUGAAAGAAAGAGCGUGGAAGCCGCAGAGAGGUCACUUGGUUGCCAAGGCUGUGUAGUAAUCCUGCAUUGAUUUAGUAACCACAUUACCUAUAUAACCCGCCGGCAUUCAGCCCAAAAUCAAAUGGGAUUCGUCGGUUUACAUUGGUGCACGAUGCUAACUUAAGGUCAGUAGGUCAGGAGACAGUCAUCGAUGCUCAGAAUUGAAGGCACGCAGUGAACGAUUAGAGACUUUUAUGAAAUUUUGUAGCGGCCAACCUCGCUCGUCGACACACACGUCAAUUCGCGUUGCGAGGCGCGCCGCCAACCCUAGUUAUUAAUAGCGGAAUUAUUGUAAGUAAAACAGACUUCCUAUCGAUUUCUAAGAUGAUUUAUUAAGUGUACUAUCCGGCGGCAAGACGCUCGCGCCGGUGCUCACGCUCCGCACGCCGGACUACAGCCGCACAAAUGUCAUCGAAAUCGUCAAUGUUCUUAGGUAAUUAAUAUUAUACACGUGUUAGCGACGAUUACAAUACCAAUCCAUACGUGUAUCAGUGCCGGUAGCGGCAAAACAUCUCCCCUUGUGGGAUCCCGCACACUCGGCCUAAUAUUUGUUAAUGUUCUGGGUAUAACGAUUGCGGUACCGGCACCUGCGAAGGGUGCCAUCAAGGUCUAAAUUUUAAUAACACCACAAUCGUCAGUAAGACUCCAUGAAACAAAUAAUAUACAAAAUUAGGCCAUCGAUUAUACACAUGGUAUUCGGCAUAAGCGUACCUAAGUAUUUGGCGGCAAAUAAUUUUGCUCAUAUAUUCCGUUAUAUAUUAUAAUAUAUGUAUGUAUUCGCGAGAAGUUAUAUGAGGUAGGGUUUGACAGCGAAUAACUGUGAGGCUGUUACGAUGUAAGCGAUAUUAUAUACUAUAUAGGAACACGCCGGAGUGUCGGACGUCAGACGAUCAUUCAGAGAGAGCACAUAACAUUUAUAUAAUAGAUAUAUUAAAAUUAUAUUAAUUAAUAAAUUGAAUGUUAUAAAAGAGGUUGUAACUACAAUACGAAUAUAUCGUCACCGCAUUGUCAUCGUGCCAAAUGGGGUAUUGGUAGUCGUAAGUUGAUUCUUGUAUUUAUUAGCUAUAUGGUAUGGUAGUAAUAUUGUAUAAUGUUUUUAAUUUUUGUAUAGUACCGAAACGUGAGCGUCUCACGCACUAUUGUAUGAUAUAAUGAAGUAUUAAUAAGUUUUACAUCCUCACGGGGGUUUCAUAAAUUGUAAAGUUAUUUAAGAUGUAAUAUUAACUAUUAUUAUUAUUACAUUAUUAUUGAAUACGUGGAUAAAGAACUUACACGCGGUUUGGCCGUUGGAGGCGCAUUGUGGCCGUCAGAAAGCGGUGAUAUUUUUUGGUGUUCUUCAUACGUGUUUUGCUUACAUGUUACUAUUUCUUUCUGGUCGAUAUGUUCUUGAUGGUUUGUGGAAACUAGUCUCAACUAUACUACCUCAUAGUUUAUUCUUGUUCGAAAAUAAUUUGGUUUGAUUCGUGAAGACGUAAUUUUCAUGUGAGCAUCGGGUAACAAUGUGUAAAGCGGUAAAUUGAAGAUUUUUGAAAAAGGUUAUACUAUUAAACAACAGCUUUAAAAUAUGAAAAACUUUAAAAUAUUUGCUCAAAUGAAAAUUAGGUAUUUAUGGAAAGCAUCAACUGCUGUGUUCAUCGCCUCGAGAUGACAUUUCAAUAUUUUUCGUGAGCCGGUUAUCACGUGUUUUGAUGUUUUCCUACAUUUGUAUUUAUAGACCGUUUGGUUGUAAGGUUUGAUAUUGUGACUUGUCGUAAAAUUAAUUGGGUUUUCAAAUUAUUCUCGCUAUUAAGGUUAGCUGUAACUUUCGUUAACUAUUCGAGACAUGUGGCAAACGUUGCGCGGCGCAACUCGAAAAGUCUUUGGUGAAGAAGUUGUGAGAAUAUCUAUCGCAAGAAUAAGUAAAGAAUUUUCAAAUUUAUAGCACUUUGUCUUUCUUAACGCAUCAGAAACUUAAACGAUUCGGGUACUUUUUUAUAUCUUUGUUUAUAAAAAUUUUAAUGCGCCGUCAUCACCUGCGAGGUAUUAAACUGAUCCACUGCGAUGGGAAUUACGCAUAAUAAUAUUAAUUAAACUGGUUAUGUGUUUAAAUGAACCCGAAAACUAAUAAUAUUUUGACAUUGUAUGUUGAAAAUAAUGACAAAAUAAUGUCACAGAAAUUAUAUACAGUUAUAACUGCUGUGGUGAGUGUCAUUACUGAGUACGGUUAAUCGAUAAUACUUUAUCGACCAUUAACUAUUUUCAAUUAAAAUGCAUACAGACAAAUCUCAAAAUUACAUCCUCCUUAUAAUCAACCAAAUACAUUUAAUUUAUUAAAUGUGUCAAAACAAUUGAGUAAUAAUUUCUUUAAAAGAUGUUUGUUAUGCGAUGAAACUCUUCAAUGACUAGAGAAUAUAAUAUCGCUCUUCCUUCGAUGUGGAUCAAAUUGUACGUACUUAAAUGCAUUUUUGAUAAAUUUAUCUAACAAAUGUUGCUAGAAUAAAUAACGUGUAUGUUUGAGGCGAGGUUGAGGCUCGUGUGGUAUCCGGUGGUUUUCCUUCCAAUGUAUCAAUUCAUUGUUGUUUAAUUCGUUUGUACAGCUAAUGGUGAGUCUAUGGUGUUACGGUCCGUUACGCACAUUAUAUCUAGUUAAAGUGUUCAGUUUUAAUAUUUUUAUGUGUAUAUAAGUAAUAUGAGGUAAAUUGUAUAACUGGAAUGUGGCCGUGCGGUUUGAGCGUCCGGGGUCUCAGUUCGCGCCAGUUUUUUUUUUUUUUUUGCUGAAAUAUUUAAUAUAUGUAGGUACCUGAUAGUGCAUUCUUAUUUGAUGAAUCGGGAAUGAAUCGUUCUUGUCCUUAUUCCGGUAAUAAUAGCAAUAUGAUCAUUGAUAUAUUUCCAAAACUCGUCACUAAACAAACACCCCGGACGUGUGUACGUAUGACAUUGUUAGUCUGGGACUUUACUCCGAAGUUGCUUGCGCUAUCGAUUGCUAAUUUACAACUUCAGGCUACUUGGGCUCUCAAUCAUAAAAAAAACAUUUAGCUUGACGUUUUAAGCUAGCAAACUGUGUAGCAUAGCCCCGGAUGAAUGUUGCCAGUUCCAGAUUCGCUCUGCCGCUAGAAUACGUUGCCUCGUGUGCGCCGGUAGCACGAGUUCAUGACUGAACUAAUAUUAAGAUAUGCCGAACCGCCACUCGCCGUCAAUUCCAGAGUUCCGUACAACGUGAAACGAGUGAUAAAUACACAAUCUAAAACAACGGCUUCAGAAUAUUCCGGUGUUCCCAUUUGAUUAUUAUUCGCUUAUGAAUCUCAAAAGUGUCGAAUGCUCUCAAUCGAUGAAUUUUAACCAAAGAAGAUUUAUUGGACAAAGUUAAACGAUAAACCAAGGAUAAGGAUUUAUCAUCAAGUUUGUUUGCUUUUCAGUAUCUUAACAGAUUGCACGUUGUUUUGUUAGUACGGAGCUCUGAAUAGCAUCGAAAGAGACGGCGACGUACCUACCAUUGGUACUUUCGAAUAUUACAUAAAGUUAGUAUAACAAAACGUAUGUUUUUUCGAUGGUAUUUGUUUUGGAAUAUCGUUUUUAUAGCCGAGUCGUUUCGAAACAAUCAUCGCCCCACGAACCACAGAUACGUAAAUAUUGAUGUUAGAUAAAAUAUAACCGAUACAGCGUAAAUAGCACUAAGAUUCCAUUUUAUUUGUAAUUAUGUGCCAAAUUGCUAUACUAAAUUAACGUCUUUGGUCUGAAAUAAAUUAAUUUAUCACUAUCAUUAACAAUUCAUUGUUUGUGUAAAUACUUCAUCGUGUAUUUCAUAAAACAUUUUAUAUUUCAAUAUAAAGUAUUAAAAUAAUAUUUCAAAAUGACAAAAAAUGCAUUUUAAAAUAAACCAACAAAUGUUAAAUGAAAUGCAUAAUGAUGUAUGCUCAUUCGAGCAUUUGUUAGUUUCAUAAUUUGUUGAUUUGGGAAUCCGGUUCCAGUGCUAGUGUUUAUCCACCCACAUGUUCAUCAGAACGUCGUUCCCCACAUACUGAAGUCUCUGCUAUGGUCAACUAGAUCGCAUCAGUUUAUUGGGAUUUUACAAAUGUUACUUUAAAGGUAACAAUAAAUAAAUGUUACGGUUAACCGUUCAAGCAAACAACAUUUUGUGUAUGAGACGAAAUGAUAAUAUUGAUUACAGUACAGAUACAAGUGUCAAGUCCUUUCCUUACAGGAUAGACAGCCAAGAAUCGCAUAAUUUGAACCCAAUUCAUAAACCGAUACUAUAAAGUAACUGAUAUAACCUAAACAUCAACUGCAGUAAAAAUAUAUGAAAAUAUAUUUUGUUUAAAAUUCCAAUAAUCGAGAGCGAACAUGAUUUAACGUUAGCUUAUUUCUAUAACUCGACUUUGAAUUAAAAUUAGCGUUAUAAUUCACGAUGUUAUAAUCUAAUAAAUAAAAAAAAUAAAUUGAAAAAUAUACUUAAUCGCAUACAGUUAAUCACUAAUAUAAAAAUCGAAUUUAGUAAAACAAAUUAUUUGAUGGCAGAACUCGUCUGGUUACAAAAUUAAAUGAAAUUGGAUAAUAAAUAAAAUUUAUUAGUAAAUUGUAUCGAAGAUAGUGAUCGAUCAUCGUGCACGUGGUUCACUGUCGAGUAUAAUUUCAGAGACUUCAUAUAAGCUGGUUGUCCAUCUCAAGCUACGCUGGCUAUUUCUAUAGUUUUGUUUUUUUUUUAACCUUUAUUCGCAUAACAUGGGAUUAUCAAAAUAACAGACUAUCAAUUAACCACAAUAAUAAUAAAUAAUUUAAUCGUCAGAAUCGAUAGGCUAAUAAGAAUAAUAUAUGCAUUAUAUUUGGUGCAGAUGCAGUGCAAUGCAUCUAGUAUUUGUUAUUUUUUUAUUAGUUCCGCUUGGCUCGAUACAUUUAUCAAAGUACUUAACUAGUGACGAAGCCAUUACGGUAGUACAUUAUUAUAAUGUUGUCAAUACAAUUAUAUUCAAAUAUACACCCACGACUGUACAUUGCAAAUUGUUAACGGCCUGUUAAUACACUUCACCACGUUGGGUUCAGCAAUUGUUUCUAUAUAACUAUCAAAGUCAUGUUCUCAGUUCUAAAGUGAAAAUAUAUAAAGCUAAGCUAACUUUGAUGGACAACCGGCUGUAGACCUAAGUUCAUCUAUCUAAUCGGAAACCAAUCGGUUACAUAAUCGGUAUAAUCGGAGAGUUAUUUUUGUAUUCGGAUUACAUUGUGCGACUGAGGCAGUCCCGGAUUCUGUUCAUACUAAGCGACGUACCCGACACAACUUCACUGCCACUAAUUUAAAAAUAAAAAUAUUGGAAACGA